UCCACUUUGGGCCCCAGAACUUUCCCCGAGCUGGCACCUGAGCACCACGGGACUGUGGGUGGCUUGUGGGGAGCAGGAAGUCUGACCCUCGUACUGGUCUCCAGACCCUGGCCAGCUGGAGUGUGGUCAUUAAUGACUUGCUGUCGGUGACGCUGGCAUUGCCACGGGCAGCGCCACAGGUCUCAGCAGUGCGAUGGCGUCCGACGAGUUGAAAGGGAGCAUGGCAGACGCUCCAAUGGAGGGAACACCGGCCCGCUUUCUGGACUUCACUCAGCUGGUCGACAUGGCUUCUGAGGCCGUGGGAGGGAAGAUUUUAUUUGCAACAGAUGACUUUUUUGCUCCUGCAGAAAAUCUCAUAAAGAGUGACGGCCCGAGUUGCAAAGAACAUGAAUAUACUGAGUUCGGGAAGUGGAGGGAUGGCUGGGAGACCAGAAGAAAACGGAUUCCAGGUCAUGACUGGUGCGUCAUCAAGCUGGGGGUACGAGGAGUGAUCCGGGGCUUCGACGUGGACAUUUCUUACUUCACAGGCAAUUAUGCGCCUCGAGUGUCGAUUCAAGCAGCAAACUUGGAAGAAGAUAAACAGCCAGAAAUCCCAGCAAGGGGAGGCAGGGCAGGAGCUGCCGCCACACCUGAGGAGCUGGACGCCAUUGCUGAGUUAAAAUCCGACAGCUGGGAUCACUUGGUUCCCAUGACAGAGCUUCAACCAGGAAACCCAUCCUCCAGCCACAACUAUUUCCUGGUCAACUCCCAGCAGAGGUGGACUCACGUAAGACUCAACAUUUUCCCAGACGGUGGGAUUGCCCGUCUCAGAGUGUACGGGACUGGACAAAAAGACUGGACUGCAACGGACCCCAAGGAGCCCGUGGACCUGGCGGCCAUUGCUUUUGGGGGUGUCUGCGUAGGGUUUAGUAAUGCACAGUGCGGGCACCCGAACAACAUAAUAGGAGUUGGCAAGACAAGGUCGGUGGCAGACGGCUGGGAGACUGCGCGAAGGCUGGACAGGCCCCCUGUUCUGGAACAACACGAGAGUGGCUUCCUCCAGCCUCAGGGCUGUGAGUGGGCAGUGUUCCGCCUGGCGCACCCCGGAGUAAUCACUCAGAUCGAGAUCGACACCGACUACUGCCAAGGUAACUGCCCUGACAGCUGCAAACUGGAUGGGUGUAUCCUGACAACGCAGGAAGAAGACGACAUGAUCAGACAGAAGUGGGACCUUCCGGCUGCCAGGUGGAAACCACUGCUUCCGGUCACCAAGCUCUCCCCCAACCAGAGCCACUCAUUCGACAGCCUGACCCUGGAACUCCAGGACGUGAUCACCCACGCCAGGCUCACCAUCACCCCAGACGGGGGCGUGGGCCGCCUUCGGCUCAAGGGGUUCCCCAGCUCCAUCUGCCUCCUGCGGCCCCGUGAGAAGCCUAUGAUGAGGUUCUCUGUGAAAGCGGGCUUCAGAGCCAACGUCUGAGCCCGCCAGACCCCCCUAGGCCCUGUGGGAGUCACCAGUCCUCGUCUUCCUCUUGUGAAUGCGUGUGUCUCCCGGUGAUGUAAUAAAGUGGUCUCACACAGCGUGCUCUGUCUUCA